AUUGUCGAUGUUAUUGUUGGGAAAGACGAAAAAGGCAGAAAGAUCCCAGAAUAUCUGAUCCAUUUUAAUGGUUGGAACAGAAGCUGGGAUAGAUGGGCAGCCGAAGAUCAUGUGCUUCGUGAUACCGAUGAAAAUCGUAGAUUACAGCGGAAAUUGGCAAGAAAAGCUGUAGCUCGCCUGAGAAGCACAGGAAGAAAGAAGAAACGCUGCAGGUUGCCCGGUGUUGACUCUGUCUUAAAAAGCCUCCCCACUGAAGAAAAAGAUGAAAAUGAUGAAAACUCAAUAAGCAGUUCCUCUGGUGCCAGUAGUGAAGAAAAGGAUGAAGAAAUAAGUGAAGAAAGUGACAUUGAAGAAAAGACUGAAGUGAAAGAAGAAUUGGAGCUCCCAACAAAAAGAGAAAUGGAAGAAAGAACAAUAACUAUAGAAAUCCCUGAAGUUCUGAAGAAGCAGCUUGAGGAUGAUUGUUAUUAUAUUAACAGGCGGAAACGGUUAGUGAAGCUUCCAUGCCAGACCAACAUCAUCACUAUUUUGGAAUCCUAUGUGAAGCAUUUUGCUAUCAAUGCAGCGUUUUCUGCCAAUGAGAGGCCUCGUCACCAUCACACUAUGCAGCAUGCCAGCAUGAACGUGCAUUAUAUCCCAGCGGAAAAAAAUGUCGACCUUUGUAAGGAGAUGGUGGAUGGAUUAAGAAUAACGUUUGAUUACACGCUCCCGUUGGUUUUGCUUUAUCCAUAUGAACAAGCUCAAUAUAAAAAGGUGACUUCAGCUAAAUUUUUUCUUCCAAUUAAGGAAAGUGCCACAAACACUAAUAGGAGCCAGGAGGAGCUGUCUCCCAGCCCACCUCUGCUGAAGCCAUCCACACCACAGUCCACUGAGAGUCAGCUGACCACGGGUGAACCAGCCACCCCCAAAAGGCGCAAAGCUGAGCCAGAAGCACUGCAGUCUCUGAGGCGCUCUACGCGCCACAGUGCCAACUGUGACAGGCUGUCUGAGAGUAGUGCCUCACCUCAGCCCAAGCGCCGGCAGCAGGACACGUCUGCCAGCAUGCCCAAGCUGUUCCUGCACCUGGAAAAGAAGACACCUGUGCAUAGCAGAUCCUCUUCACCUAUCCCUCUGACUCCUAGCAAGGAAGGGAGUGGUGUGUUUGCUGGCUUUGAAGGGAGACGAACUAAUGAAAUAAACGAGGUCCUGUCCUGGAAGCUUGUGCCUGAUAAUUACCCGCCAGGGGAUCAGCUGCCUCCACCCUCUUACAUUUAUGGGGCACAGCAUUUGCUGCGAUUGUUUGUAAAACUUCCAGAAAUCCUUGGAAAGAUGUCCUUUUCUGAGAAGAAUCUGAAGGCUUUACUGAAGCACUUUGAUCUCUUUCUGAGGUUUUUAGCGGAAUACCACGAUGACUUCUUCCCAGAGUCAGCUUACGUCGCUGCCUGUGAGGCACACUACAGCACUAAGAACCCCCGGGCUAUUUAUUAAAGUUGUGUGGGUCUGUACAAGCAGUUGUUUUCUCUAGAUUUGUGCUCUGGGUUUCAGGUGGAGAACUAGUGAAGCAGUGGGCCUUCUUUAAAGAGAGUGCAAACAUGGCAGAGUUAGUCCCAGUCCCUGUGAUUUGAGUUGCCCACCUAUUGUAGUUAUUUCUGUUAAGAAUUACUGCUGGGGUGCCCGCCUGUGCCUUGACAUGACACUUGCCACCACACAGGCUGCCUGUGAUUGCAGGAAAAGAGCAGCUGUGUUCACAAUGAAACAUUUGUGAAUGUACACAUAGGCUAGGCUGCUUUGGUAGGCAUUCCAGUUAGUUGUCAGCGAGAACCACAUUGUUUAGUUAUUUGUUAGCAUUUAACACGGUGUUUUUACACACUGUUUUCAUUCUUGUGAUGAGGCUAAGCAACUCUGUUUAACAAAUUCUGAUCUGUAUUUGGAAACUGCAAAGUAGUCUCAGUAUUUUAGAGAGAAUUGAUAUCGAUGGGGGGG